UGAGCCUGCUGACAGCACGAUCAACUGCACCAGUGUGACUGAACGCUGUAAUCUCCUGAAGGAGGCGCCCUUCUCCUCCUGUAACAGUCACAUCGACCCGGAACCCUACAUAACCGCCUGCACCAACACUUUGUGCAAAUAUCCUGCAGUGGACGGACUCAACUGUCAGUUCCUGAAGGCCUAUGCCAGAGCCAGCAGUCUACACAACCACACUCUGGAUGGCUGGACAUCAAAGACCAGCUGCUCCUCUGAGGCCUUCUGUCAGGACAGGACCUGCAGCAAUCACGAGUUCUGUGGUAAGAAGACGGUCGGUGGUGACACUCGCUGCUUCUGUCGGGCCAUUUUUGCCUCCAAGUACCAAAAAAACAACUCUUUGGGUGAUCCAACGGUCUGCAAGGAGAACUCUGCUUCACUCACUCUGGUCGGUUGUCUCCUGGAGGACAAAGACAUCAACUACUCUGCCUUACAGCUCAAUGACCCGACCUGCAGGGGUCAGAUGGACGAGCUCACCCACAUGGUGACAUUCAGCUUCAACAGCAGCAACAGCUGUGGGACGGUGGUCACGACCAACAACAGCUACGUCAUCUAUAAGAACACCAUCAGGAGCCAGAGUUACUCUUCUGGCGUUAUCACUCGCAACGACCAAGUUCAGAUCGACUUCUCCUGUGUUCACAGUCAGCCGAACAUCAACACUGCAACCUUCAGAAUCAGAGACUGGUCCAUUGCACAGCGCAUCACACAUGGAGCUUGGAAUUACACUCUGACUAUCAAGGCCUACACUGAUGCCGCCCGCACACAACUUGUGCAGUGGAACAGUGAAUUUCAGUUGAAGCAGAAAAUCUGGAUGGAGUUGAAGACCGAUGGCUUGGAUGGAAGCAUGGUCAGUGUGGUGACCGACUCCUGCUGGGCAACUGACCAGGCAUCACCCACCAGCAGUCCAAGACAUGAUCUGAUCAUUAACGGCUGUGCAAACUCUGCUGACCCGACGGUGCAGGUGGAGGAAAACGGACUGGCAACCUCCACUUACUUCUCCUUCAACAUGUUCCGGUUCACUGGGGGCUCUAGUGACAUCUUCCUUCACUGCCAACUCCACCUGUGUCCCAAACAGGGGAACAACUGCAUCCCGACGUGUAACACAGCUGCUCGCAGACACAGAUCUGCCAGUUUGACAUAUGAACCUGAAGCUCCAGCCUUCAUCAGCGUGUCCUGGACUUAUUAGGUGGUUUCCACGGUGACUUGGAUGGACUGACUGACCAACCGAGUGCUGACCUAAUGUGACAGUGUUCGCAGAGACAAGAGACAUGCUGCUUUUAUCCAUCUCAUUUAUACUUGUACUAUUCCUGCUAAAGGAUGGAAAAAUAAAGCGUGUGGUAACCAA